CAUGGACCGAUCCGCGGUGGCGAGGGUGGGUGCGGUGGCGAGCGCCAGCGUGUGCGCCCUGGUGGCGGGGGUGGUGCUGGCCCAGUACAUUUUCACCUUGAAGAGGAAGACGGGCCGGAAGACCAAGAUCAUCGAGAUGCCUGUAUCCAAGCCCUGCAUCUCUCUGGAUACUGCUUACUACCUAUGCUGUUGUUCUAGGACAAAUUCAAGGACAAAGGAACUCAGAGUACUUUUAAGGAAGAUUGGAUAACCAAGAAAUGCCUAAUCAAGAUUCUGCUGUACAUGUGAAAAUGAUGCCAGAAUUCCAGAAAAAUUCAGUUCGCAUCAAGAACCCUACAAGAGUAGAAGAAAUUAUCUGUGGUCUUAUCAAAGGAGGAGCUGCCAAACUUCAGAUAAUAACAGACUUUGAUAUGACACUGAGCCGAUUUUCCUACAGAGGGAAAAGAUGCCCAUCGUGUCAUAAUGUCAUUGACAACUGUAAGCUAAUUACAGAUGAAUGUCGAGAAAAGUUACUGCAACUAAAGGAAAAGUAUUAUGCUAUUGAAGUUGAUCCUGUUCUUACUAUGGAAGAGAAGUACCCUUAUAUAGUAGAAUGGUAUACUAAAUCACAUGGUUUGCUUGUUGAACAGGCUUUACCGAAAGCCAAACUUAAAGAAAUUGUGGAAGAAUCUGACAUUAUGCUCAAGGAAGGAUAUGAGAAUUUCUUUGAUAAGCUGCAACAAUAUGGCAUUCCUGUGUUCAUAUUUUCGGCUGGUAUCGGUGAUGUACUGGAGGAGGUUAUCCGUCAAGCUGGUGUUUAUUACUCAAAUGUCAAAGUAGUGUCCAACUUCAUGGAUUUUGAUGACAAUGGGCUGCUCAAAGGAUUUAAAGGAGAACUAAUUCAUGUGUUUAACAAACAUGAUGGUUCCUUGAAGAAUACGGAAUAUUUCAAUCAACUGAAAAAUAAUAGCAACAUCAUUCUGCUGGGAGACUCCCAAGGGGACUUAAAAAUGGCAGAUGGAGUAGCCAAUGUUGAAUACAUUCUGAAAAUUGGAUAUCUAAAUGAUAGAGUGGAUGAGCUUUUAGAAAAGUACAUGGACUCUUAUGAUAUUGUUCUAGUAAAAGAUGAAUCAUUGGACGUAGCCAACUCUAUCUUACAGAAGAUUCUAUAAACAAGCAUUCUUCAAGAAGACCUCUCACCUGUGGGUGCAAUUGAUCCAAGAGCUGCUCAUCUGUUCAUCUUGUUAAAAGACUUUUAUUUAUAAUAUAUUCUUGCUCUUGAAGUUCUUCCUCUCUAUUACUGAAGUAUUUUCAGAUUUGUUGAAUCCAUCAACUGGAAGCUCCUUUUUCUCCACCUCUGUCAACACACUCCUCACUAUAUUUUUUAACAGAUUAAAAAUCUUAGAGCAAAAAUUUGAAAAAUAACUCCCUACAUUUCCAGAGUAAAUUUUGUAGCUUAAUGUUAUUAUGACGUUUUUGAGAAGUCUUUUUACAUUGGGAACGUUUGUAGAAGUUAAAAAAGUUUCAUGAAAUGGUGAAAUAAUGUGCAUGUUUUUAAGUGUUGUCAUUUUUAUAAUUUGGGUGAAUUAUGCUGAUGGUAUUAACCAUCUCCUAAAAUUGUGUUAUGUUUGGUUAUUUUGUUUGAUGAAAAAUUGGUAUUUACCAAAAAAUAUUGGCACUUGAUGUUUGAAGAAAAUCUAUUGGUAUCUACAUGUCACUAAUCAUUACAAAAUGUUCUGUAUUGAAGCACUGAUGAUAAACAUGAAAUGAAAAGCCUUUUUAAUUCUGUCGAUUAUUAUUCAUUCAGCAAACCUGCCAUGUUUGCAUGUGUGAUGUGUGAACCCUAAUGUCCUUGUCAUAGUGGUUAUUUAGAUUGAUUAUUUUCAGAUUUACACACGAUAAGAAUAAAAAAUUUUUGCAGAGAAAA